CGCUCUGUGGAGCGCCGCUUAAGGAACGGAAGAAGCUUAGCAAUGGACUGGAACUCUGCUUGCUAACCUGCUACAGCCUUGUUUUCAAGUAAACAAUCCUGAAGGAUGUGAUUUUAAUGUUUUACUUUUUAGGCAGUCUACUUAGCGCUCACAAUGGCGCAGCCUGCGGAGGAAGCGUAUUAUCGCUUUGUGGUGCUGUUCUUCAACUGCCUGCUGACAUUCGGCUCCUACUUCUGCUUUGACAUCCCCAGUGUUUUACAGGAUCAAUUUCAAGGGAACCUGACAUGUCCCAACACCACCGUGAUCAAUGGGACGGUGGACUGUGUGCAGGGACUCGGGAUGAGUCCUCAGCAGUACAAUCUUCUUUAUGCAAUAUACGCUUGGACGAAUGCAGCAGUGGUCGGCCUUUCUGGUUUCCUCAUUGAUAAGUUAGGAAAUUGCUUCGGAGUGUUUCUCUUCUCUUUUCUGUGUGUUUUGGGCUCGUCGCUCUUUGCUCUGGGGUCCCACUUCAAAGGAACUCCCUACCUGCUGCCGCUCAUGCUCACAGGCCGACUGCUGUUUGGAUCAGGGAACGGAUCUCUGACCAUCGUUCAGAAUCGCAUCACAGCGUUCUGGUUCAAAGGGAAGGAGCUGGCGUUGGCUUUUGGAGUGAUGCUUGCAUUCUCACGCCUGGGUUCAGUCCUGAACUUUUUCUUCACUCAGAAGUUUGAGGAAAAAUAUGGCAUGCAGUGGACCCUCUGGGGUGGUGCUCUGUUGUGUGUACUGGGCUUCACAUCGGCCAUUAUUGUCAGCAUGUUGGACAAGAUUGGAAUGAAGCAGCUCGGUCUUGAUGGUACCAUCCAAGAGGAAUCCCGCAAAGUGAGGAUCCAGGAUGUGAAGAUCCUCUCAUUGAGAUAUUGGCUGUUGGUUCUCACCAUCAUGUUCUUCUACAAUGCCAUCUUCCCGUUCGUUGCAGAUGCCAGUAAAUUUAUUCAGGAUAAGUACAGCGGCUACAGUCAGAAGGAGGCUGCAUAUAUCGCUGGGGCUGUUUACGACAGCUCAUUGAUCCUCUCAGCCAGCGUGGGCAUUCUUAUCGAUUAUGUUGGUCUUCGGGGCCUUUUUAUUUCGGCCUGCGCCACAUUCACGCUGCCUGUGUUUGGACUCCUCGCCUUCACAUUUGUCCCUCCUCUUGUCUCCACCAUUUGGCUCGGGAUCACCUACUCCAUUGCUGCUGUGAGUAUGUGGCCAUCCAUCCCUCUGGUGGUUCCUCAGGCGACUCUAGGAACAGCCCUGGGUCUGGCCAGCUCCAUACACAUGUUUGGGGUUGGGGUGUCCAAUCUGGUUGUCGGGCAGAUACUGGGCACUAAAUCCAGUGAGACUAAAAUCCCGUUGUGGCGUUGGCAGAGGAUGAUGAUCUUCAUGUUGGCCAACACCAUCAGCUGCAUUGUUUUCUCAGUGCUGCUGAAUGUUGUCGACCACAGACAGGGCGGGACCCUGAACAAGACAAGUAAAAGGUCACAGCCAGCAGGGACAGGCUCAGACAGAGAGCCACUUAACCAGGGAGAAGAAGGGCAUGAGGAUGAGGAAGGAGUCCGAACUCAUUCUAUAAACUCCUAAAGUUUUUCUUCAAGUGUCAGCAUUUCUGUGUUGUUCUUUUUAUAUUUUCAUGUACUUUUUUUUAAAGUAAUAAUAUUAAAUACCUCAC